UCUCUCUUCUUCUUCUUCUCCAUUUUUAUUGUGUUGUUGAACGAUGUUCAGUGCAGAGCCUGAGCUUGACGACUAUCAGUUCCCGCUUCCAGGGUUCCGGUUCCACCCUACCGAUGAAGAGCUCGUUGGAUUUUAUCUCCGGCAAAAGGUCGAUAAGAAGGCCACCAGCACCGAGCUCAUCAAGUCCAUUGAUAUCUACAAGCAUAACCCAUGGGACCUUCCUAAUGCUGGAAAUAAUUUGGGGGACAAAGAGUGGUAUUUCUUCUGCAAAAGGGCAAGGAAAUACAAGAACAGUAUAAGACCAAAUAGAGUUACAGGUUCAGGGUUUUGGAAAGCAACUGGAAUUGACAAGGCAAUUUACUCACAAGCCAAAGCCAACCACUGCAUUGGCCUCAAAAAAACCCUUGUUUAUUACAAGGGAAAUGCUGGCAGAGGCACCAAAACUGAGUGGAUGAUGCAUGAGUUUCGCCUUCAUUCUCUCAACAACCACAAUACUUACAGCUCCUUCUUUGCCAGAAUCAGAAAUAAUGUCCAAGAAGCAGCUGAAAUCUGGACAUUGUGUAGAAUCUUCAAAAGAAGUGUUUCAUGUACAAAAUUUGCACCAAAUUGGAGGGAGAUUGCAGCAGCCAAUGGUCAUUCAAUAUUUGGAGAAAUGAACUCAAAUCCACACAGUGAUGAUCAUCAGAGUGACCAAUCUUAUGAUAGAGAAAGCACCUACAUUAGUUUCAGCUCUUCCUUCAUUAAUUUUGAUGAAAAGAAGCCUCUAGUUUCUCAUCAAUGGAAUCCAUUGAUGAUGAAUUUCAGCUCCAUCUCUGAACAAGCUCCCUCUUCUUCUACAAUUGAAUCACCACCAUCAAGCCUCUCAAAUUUUUAUGGGGAUGCAACUGAUCUGUUUGGAUACAAAGAUAGGAAGAAUCUCCAAUUAGUACUUGACCAAUUUUCUAACAUUGAUCCAUGACUAUCUCUGUUCUUAUGUAAAUAAUCUUGGGUUCGAAUCGUUUUUGCUUUUUUUGGGACAACAAUUUGGGGAUACGGGAGAUCGAACCUUCAACUUUGAGGAAAAUAGUACAUGUCAAUUAUCGUUGAGUUAUGUUCCUGUGGGUUCUUUUUACCCUUUUUUGUGAGAGUUUGGUGACAAAAAAAAAUAUGUAGCUUAGUUUUCUCUCUCAGGAUGAAAUAAAAUUAGAAGGGUGGUUGUAAUU